AUGGCGAUCUGCGGGUAUAACGCAAGUACGCUUGCAUCGGAAGCGGCCAUCGAAGAUGUGAUAAUGCAAGCCCACAAGAUUAAUAGAGGUGUUGGUGGAGUUCGGGUCGUGGUCAACACGAGUAUGGCAGAGAACAUCAACUCUUUCGAACAACUUACCAUAUCGACGUCUGCGGAUGAGAAGAUGUGGUCCAACCCCAACUUUGACUAUCUUCGUCGCUUACGCUCCAACAUCAAGCUACGGAGGAGAAGAAGUCGAAGCUUUUUAAUGGACCCGGAGAAAUUCUGCCUAGAAGUUCAUGCCUUCUACAAAGUGAUAAUUGGCGAUUUUAACGCCAAGGUUGGCCCAAGAAGAACGCCUGAGGAUUUUCACAUCGGGGUCCACGGCCUACAAUGGAAUGAACAGGAGGAGAGACUCUCCUAG